CUCUGAAUUCAGAUCUAGCAGAUCAAGUCUCACAUCGCCCAACUGUCCUCUCUCACAAGCACUUGCAUCCGUCCGUCUCUUACAGGGUUUGAUUGCCUCAUUGGACAUCAAUCUCACUAGAUGUUCUAGCUAGUUUGAGUUUCCAGGACACCUACAAGAUUCCAGGUCAAGUCUCCAGUAGAAGCGAAUGGCGGAGGCGGUACUCAUUGCUGUGUCAAAGAUUGGGACAGUUGUUUUGGAUGAAGCUAUCACUGCUGUCGUACAGAAGCUGUCGAGGAAGGUUGAUGCUCUAAAGGAAUUGCCGGCAAAGGUCAAAAUAAUCGACAUAGAACUGACGACGAUGAAGGAUAUUAUUCAAGAUUUCGGUACAACACAACUCAGCAACAAUGUCAUCAAGGGUUGGAUUGGACAUGUAAGGAAGCUGGCCUACCGUGUCGAGGAUGUAAUUGAUAAGUACUCGUAUGAGGCUCUUAAGCUCAAGGAUGAAGGCUUCCUGCACCGGUACAUCUUCAGAGGUUCACGCCAUAUAAAGGUCUCUAGUAAGAUUGCCGAUGAGGUUGAAGAGAUAGAGAAGGAGAUGCUGCGCAUCAAAGGACUGUCUAAAUUAUGGAGGGACACUGUUUUUUAGAAAAGGAGGAUGACCCCGUCCUCUGUAUCUGGGCGAUGCA